AUGAACUGCUUUUUCCAAAACAUCACCUACAAACGACGGAACAAAAGAAAAGCCCGAACGAAACGGCGUGUGCCCCGCAAGAGUGCCGGAACGGGGGGCGUGGGGGGCUCAAAACUGAAUCCGAUGGAGUCCGGAUCGAUCGACGCUGUUUGGGCCACGAAUGAGGAAAAUGAGGAACGAAUCGUCGCAUCCGACUGGGACAUCGAGAGCCACCGAUCCCCGGCGGACACGCUGGCACUGUGGAACCUGAAGAGGUGGUUCAUGGAGCUACAUAAAGAGUACAUCGCAGAGGACGAGCUCGUCCCGUUGGCGCAGGCCUUCGCCAACUCUCAGGCCUACGGAUGCGUUUACCCUCCGGCGAUGAUGGAACGACUGGAGCAGCUGGGUGAACCGAUCGCACGAGUGUAUCAGAAUCUGCGGAACACCAAGUCGGUCCGCCAUCUCGUUCCGGCCGGGAAGGCGGCGUUACUGGAGCUCCGGCAGGUUCCGUACGAUCAGCAUUACGCCGCACUCAUUUCUCGCCAGACAGCCAACCUGCGACCUAUUAUCCCGGCCCUCCGAUUGGCCGAUAUCUUCCAGAACAUCGUCGUAGUUAAUAGCUCGCUCAAGGAUACGGUACAGUGGCUGGAGCGACUCGGUGGAACCAUCUCGAUCGCCAUGUGUCCCCUCCUGCACAAAACGUUCGAAGUGAAGGCCUAUGCGGAUCACUUCUUCAUCACUAAAGCGGCCGGGCCGUACGAACAGGCGUACGCGGAUUGUGUGACGAAUUUGAUGGAAAUUCUAAAAUGGUACUGUUAUCAGGUGAACUUCCGGCGACAUUUGGAUGUUAGCGAGUACAACGUCGAGCGAUUGUUGCGGCCCGACUUGGAGGAAGCCAACGAGAUGAUCGGCUCGAAUAAUAUCGGGUAUCGUAUACUGAAGAAGCUGGGAUGGACGGGAGAAGCUGGGCUGGGUAGUCAUCAACAGGGAAUAGUCAAACCGAUCGUAGUGGGACGCCAUAACUAUCGUCGGGGACUGGGAAGCUCGUACAAAUGGCCUAAAACCCCCCGAGGACUACAAAGACUGCACGCCGAAUGCGAAAUGGACAUCCCGUUCUAUGAGCAGCUGAUGGCAUCGUUUAUCCAGCGGAAACCGUAUUACGAUCUGAUAUUUUCAUCCGAGUUUACCGAAGCGGAACGAACCUUGUUGACCAGGAUGGCAGGACGUUACCGCGUUCGCUGCGAGACUCGUCAAACCGUGGACGGAUUGUCACAGUUUGUUCUGCUGCGAUAUCCGUUUCCUCCGCACGAAAUACUGGUACAGGUGCUUAUCUACGAGCAUCCGUUGUUUAAGAAAUUCUACGAAGUCAUCCCCCCGAAACUGUGUUUGAUUGCCAAAUCAUCCAACUGCUGA